AUGGUUCGCUUCUGUGUCACUGGCCUAGCGUUGGCUGGUCUGGGUCUUGCUCAAGCACAUUCGAAUAUCUCGUUGGCUAAUGCUAUCUAUAAAGAUGCAUCUCAAUCUGUUGAUGCUAGGGUCGAGAACCUCUUGUCUCUGAUGACUCUGGAGGAGAAGAUGGCGCAGUUGAUGCAAGGCCUCGAAUUUAAUUUUGCAAAUCGUUCCGGCAUGUUCUAUGUUGGCUACCCAAUCAGCUGGGACUGGCUAGCCGAAGGCAUCAAAGUCGGCCAGGACUACGCAGUUAACAAUACUCGCCUUGGUAUCCCAGCAAUUGUCCAGACUGAGGGUAUUCACGGCUUCUUGAUCGAAAAUGCCACAAUCUUCAACUCGCCGAUCGCUCAAGCCUGCUCGUUCAAUCGCGAGUUGCAACGCCAGAUGGGUGAGCAGAUUGCACUUGAAGCCGCUGCUUUAGGAGUUACUCAGCUGUUUGCUCCUCUGGCUGAUCUGGCACGCGAACUGCGCUAUGGUCGUGUGGAAGAGACUUAUGGCGAGGAUGGAUAUCUGGCUGGCGAGAUGGCCUAUAACUAUAUCAUUGGUUGCCAGGGACAGAAUGUCUCUUCUAUGGUUAAGCAUUUUGCUGCUUACUCUGACCCAGAAGGAGGACUCAAUACUGCACCUGUUCAUGGUGGUGAGCGUGAGUUGCGUACAACUUGGCUGCCUUCUUUCCACAGAGCUAUCAUUGAUGGUGGUGCUUAUGCCAUCAUGUCUGCGUAUCAUGCUUAUGAUGGCAUACCGGCUGUGGCUGACUACCACAUGUUGACUGAGAUUCUGCGAGACGAAUGGGGGGGCUCCUUCAACUACCGCUCCAUCCCUGAACUCGUCAGCAACAACACAAUCGACAUCAGCGUUGUCAAUGAGGCCGUCGCCAGAGUCUUGAGAGUCAAGUUCCAAAUGGGCCUGUUCGAGAACCCUAACCCUGCUGUACCCAAAGAGCAAUGGAACAGCAUCAUAAACAAUGCCGCUGCGAAGAAGCUUGCCCGUGACCUGGACGCAGAGUCAAUCGUGCUUCUGCAAAACCCCAACAAGACGCUUCCGCUCAGCAAGACCGACAAGAUUGCCGUUAUCGGCCCUAUGGCUUCUGGCUUCAUGAACUAUGGCGAUUAUGUCGUUUACCAGUCUCAGUACAGGGNNGGAGUGCAGUAUCUUGAGGGCAUUCAAAAUGCUGUUGGUCCUUCGGCCAAUGCAACUGUGACCUAUGCUCUAGGCUACGUGGCCGUCGUCAUUGUUGGCACUUGGUCCAGAGACCAGAAGGAGUUGUGGGCUGGUUUUAAUGCCACUACUGGAGAGCAUGUUGAUGAGAGCGAUCUUGGUCUUGUCGGCGCACAAAGAGCCCUUGUCAAGGCCGUCAUCGAUACCGGCAAACCCACUGUAGUUGUCUUCUCCUCAGGCAAACCUAUCACAGAAGAUUGGAUCUCGAACACCACAGCCAGUCUUGUCCAACAAUUCUAUCCUGGCGAGGAAGGUGGCAACGCCCUGGCAGACAUCUUGUUCGGCAAAGUCAACCCAUCAGGCAAACUAUCCGUUAGCUUCCCUCACGACGUCGGUACCCUACCGGCCUACUACGACUUCUUGAACAGUGGAAGGCCUACAGCUCCUGGCUAUAUUGGUGGAGACGGAAAUCUCUACUUUGGCUCCAACUACAUUCUGAACACACCUGUCCCUUGGUUCCCCUUCGGCUACGGCCUCUCCUACACCACAUUCGACUAUGGCAAUGUGACGCUUUCCUCCUCGCAAGUCUCAGCUACCGACAACAUUACCGCUACAGUCUCAGUCACCAAUAAUGGCACUUACGAUGGCGCUGAAGUCAUCCAGCUCUAUGUCAAGGAUCAAGUCGCUAGUGUCGCAGUACCCAACAUCCAACUCAAAGGGUUCGAAAAGGUGUUUAUCAAGGCUGGCGAGACGGCUCAAGUCAGUAUUCCAUUGAACGUGGCUGAUAUUGUUCUCANNGGUAUCGACUUCUGGCAUACACAGCCCAUACCCAAGCAUGGUAUCCCAUCUCUACGACUUUCUGAUGGUCCCAAUGGCGUUCGUGGCACUCGCUUCUUCAAUGGUGUGCCAGCAGCUUGUUUCCNNCCCUGCGGUACAGCCCUAGGCGCAACCUUCGACACCGAACUUCUCGAGGAAGCUGGGCGUCUGAUGGGUAAAGAAGCAGUUGCCAAAGGCGCCCAUGUAAUUCUCGGACCUACCAUCAACAUGCAGCGCUCUCCUCUCGGCGGACGCGGCUUUGAAUCCAUUGGCGAAGAUCCCUUCUUGGCUGGCUUAGGAUCCGCAGCUCUGGUCAGAGGAAUGCAAGAGAAUGGCGUUGUGGCCACGAUCAAGCAUUUCGUUGGCAAUGACCAGGAACAUGAACGUAACAGAGUGGACUCGAUUGUCACAGAACGUGCACUGAGAGAGAUCUAUCUCAUGCCAUUCCAGUUGGCAGUCAGAGAUGCUUAUCCCAAAUCCUUCAUGACUGCUUACAACAAGAUCAAUGGCACACACGUCAGUGAGAACACAGGAAUACUAAAGGAUAUCUUGAGAGGGGAGUGGGGUUGGAAGNGAUUGGUGAUGAGUGAUUGGUUUGGAGUGUACUCAACAUCCAAGUCUGUUAUCGCUGGUCUGGACCUGGAGAUGCCUGGCCCCACUCGUUUCAGAGGAGACGCUCUGGUUCACGCGGCGACUGCCAACAAGAUUCCUGCUGGUGUGAUUGACGACAGAGCAAGACAAGUACUGGAGCUGGUAAACGAAUGCGCUGCAUCAGGUGUGAAGGAGAAUGCUGAGGAGACGACUGUCGACACACCUGAAACGUCGAAACUGCUGCGAAGACUUGCCGCUGAGUCGAUUGUUCUGAUGAAGAACGAGGGUGACAUCUUGCCACUGAAGAAAGACAAGAAGAUCCUGGUCAUCGGACCCAAUGCGAAGGCUGCCACAUACUGUGGUGGAGGUUCAGCCUCUCUUCGUCCAUACUACGCUGUAACACCUUAUGAAGGAAUCGUCAACAAAAUUGGCGAGAAGAAUGUCGACUUCAGCAUUGGCGCAUACUCUCACAAAGAACUGCCUAGCUUGGGCAUCGAUUGGAGAACAACUGCCGACGAGAACGGCGAACAUGGUGUACUCUUCAAAGCAUAUAACGAGCCUCCGGAGGCGAACGAUCGCAAAUGUGUUGAUGUAUUGGGUCCUUUUACCAACACUUCGAUGAUGUUCAUGGAUUACAAGAACCCAAAGCUCAAUUCUGGACUCUGGUAUGCCGACAUCGAGGCAUACUACACCGCUGACCGCGACGGUGAAUACGAGCUCGGUGUUUGUGUGUACGGAUCGGCAAAGAUCUUCGUCAAUGAUGAACUCGUACUCGAUGUCACGGAGAACCAACGCCAAGGUUCUGCAUUCUUCGGCCUCGGCACUGAAGAAGAUAUCUGUGCUGUGCCUAUGAAGAAAGGACAGACCUACAAAGUUCGCCUCGAGUUCGGCAGUGCACCGACCAGCAAGUUGACUGGCGGCACUGUAGAUUUCGGCGGUGGUGCAGUUCGUAUUGGAGGAGCUUGGAAGAUCGACGCCGACGAAGAAGUCCGCCGUGCUGCUGAGCUCGCAAAGUCUGCCGACCAAGUUUUGGUUUGCGCAGGUCUGAACAUGGACUGGGAGAGCGAAGGCUUUGACAGACCUGACAUGAAGCUGCCAGGCCACUUGGAUCGCCUGAUCUCCGCAGUUGCAGAGGCCAACCCUCGUACAGCAGUUGUCAUUCAGAGUGGUACACCAGUGGAGAUGCCCUGGCUGGACAAAGUGCCAGCUUUGCUUCAAGCUUGGUAUGGCGGCAAUGAGACUGGCAACGGCAUCGCAGAUGUUGUAUUCGGUGAUGUCAACCCCUGCGGCAAAACAUCCUUGUCAUUCCCCAUCAGAAACGAAGACAACCCUGCAUUCCUCAACUACCGCUCCGAAGCUGGCAGAGUGUUGUAUGGUGAGGAUGUAUACGUCGGCUACCGCUACUACGAUACUCUUGGUCGCCCUGUGGCAUUCCCCUUCGGCCAUGGACUAUCCUACUCAUCAUUCAGCUUCUCAGAUCUUAAGCUUGAGACACCUUCAGACAGCGAAGGCGAUCUCAUUGCCAAGGUCACAGUGAAGAAUACUGGCAAAGUCGCAGGAGCACAAGUGGCUCAACUGUACAUCUCACCACUCUCGCCAUCUAUUCGCCGACCAACGAAAGAACUCAAGGCCUUUGCCAAGGUGCUCCUUGAAGCUGGCCAAGAAAAGACUGUCGAGCUCAAAGUUGCACUCAAAUACGCAACAAGUUUCUGGGACGAGAGCAGAAACGCAUGGGUCUCUGAAAAGGGCAAGUACAAGGCCAUUGUUUCGGAGAGCAGUGCUGCCAGCAAGAGUGCUGUUGAGGACACUUUCGAAGUGCAAAAGACGAGAUGGUGGAAUGGACUCUAG